UCCGGGCUGGGGUUGUGAGUGUGUCUCGCGCCGCAGCAGGCAGACGAUCUAUUCUUUCUGCAGCUUAUGUGGACAGUUCAAAAUGGGACGAAAGAGAAAAAGAGGUGCACAGUUUGGCUGAAUUGGCCACAUUAAUGGACAGAACCUACGAAAGAAAUCUUCCCGUCAGCUCUUUGACAAUAUCACGGUUUAUUGACAACAUUUCUUCACGAGAAGAGUUAGAUCAAGCUGAGUAUUACCUUUACAAAUUUCGGCAUAGUCCAAACUGCUGGUACCUGAGAGACUGGACCAUCCACAGCUGGAUCAGACAGUGCUUCAAAUAUGGUGCACAGGAUAAAGCCUUGUACACAUUAAAAAACAAGGUACAAUAUGGCGUUUUCCCAGAUAAUUUCACCUUCAAUAUAUUGUUGGAUUAUUUUAUAAAGAGUGAAAAUUAUGAAGAUGCUAUGUCAGUAGUUUCUGAGAUCAUGCUUCAGGAAAGCUUUGAUGAUUUCUCAACACAGCUUCUCUCCCUCUAUGUCUUAUACCAAUACCUGGCAACCAAAUCAGAAUUUACGUGGGAAGAGGAGAGAAAUCUUGGAGCCUCUCUUCUGCUUACAGGCCUGAAACAGACAAACACAGUAGGUUUUAGCUCCCAGCUGUAUGGCUAUACGUUUCUUGGAAAAGUGGAGUUGAACAAAGGACUGCGAGCUGUGUACCACCAAAUGCCACUCAUGUGGACACCGGGAUACCUGAACAGAGCUUUGCAAGUGAUGGACAGUGUGGCCUCGCUCCCAGGGGAUGUAAAGAUCUGCAAAGAAGCUAUUGAUGUUCUUGAGACCAUUUUGCAGUCUGUCCCUGAGGUAAAAACUGAUCCAGAGCCAUCAGAAGAAGUUGAGGGAAAGCCAAAACAAACAGAAUCUGAAGAAACAGAGCAGUCUAAACUGCCUGUAUACCUUACCCAAUUUAAGAAUCUGUAUUCUAAACUGCAUUCGCUUGACAAAGUUGAAUCUGAAAGCCUGUUGACCCUGACCACCCAGCUUGUCAAGGAAAAACUGCCUGCAUGUGAAGUAGAAGACAUUGCAAAACAUGAGCAGAAGCUAAAAGAAUGGGAGCAGGAGCAAGCCCUUCUGAUGGAGAGAGAAAAAGAGAUGCGCAAGAAGGCUAAGCAGGAGCAAGAAGCUAGGAAAUUAGCUAAAGCAUCUACUUAGUAUUGCAACUCAGAGACUGCUGUUAUGCUACGAAUUUUUCUGGUAAUAAACUUAAGCACACACCAUUUUUAAUACUGAAGUGCAAACCUGCUGUAAAUGUGACAUUUACUGUAUGCAAAUUAAACUAACUCAUUGUUUGCAUGUGUUUUGCAUUUUUUUGGAGUACAUGUGCAGUGUAUCAGGAGAAUGAGCAAGAGAGAGAAAGAUGGCUUAAGACAAAGAAGGAAACAAAAUGAAGCAAAAAGCAGUUUGUAAUUGGGUACAGGACAUUGACACAGGAACAAGUUUGAAAAGAAAAAGAAAAAAAAAUCUGAAACAUCUAUAGGCAUGUCCGGUCUUUUCUUUCCUGUGCUUUAUUUUUAUUUAAGGUGCAUCUGGAUCAUUUCCAUAGGAGAAAGGAAUCUCUAUGUCUAUUUUAAACCUGAGAACCAUCAGGAUUAAUAUAUUAAUCACUCAGAAUUCUUGUUUAGAAAAAAUGAACAACUCUCAACUUGGGAGCUUAAAUUGAGACACCUUAUUUUAAAAAUCUUAACCUGUUUGUUUACUAUUUGUAAAGGUACCAAGCCUCGUGCUUUAUAAAUCAAUAAAUAAACUUCCACUA